UCUUACAGGUAUGCAGUUUUACCCCGCUGCUUACCGGCCACGUGAUAUCUUCCACUACUUCGUAACAACAACAACAACAAUAACAUGCAUCUUUGAAAUCUUCGCCUGAAAUAGAAAUGAACACCUAAUCUCUAAACUGUAUUCAUAGAAGUUACAUAUGUUUACAAGCUAGUGUAAACACUCCAUAGGGGUUAAGUUAACUUUUUAUUAACUGUAAAACAGUGAUGCCCAAGAUGCCUAAGCAAAUUACAGUUAAACGUAAAUACGAUCCAAUCGAAUUAAAAUCUGUGCAUGUUAGGCGCAAGAACAGGUUCGCUUCUCUAGAUGUUUCUACAUUAGAUAUUGACCUGAACAGAGAUAUUAAACAAUCCCUUGCAGUCUCUAUGUUGGUACAAAAAUCAGGCAAAUUACAUGGGCAACUACUUAAAAAUGAUAAUAAUGUCAUUGCCAAUGGGAUAGAACUUGAAGAAGAUGCAUACCAAACCGAAGAGAUGAGCGAAGUUAAAAAGGAACUCAGUUUUAGCAGCUCACUGGAGAUGACCGAUGAGGAACGAUCCACACCUAACAGUAGUGGGAAUGGCUUGGAGGAACGCGAGGUGAUGUUGGCUGAAACUGAAAAACCUAGGGAAGAUAACAAAUAUUUUAUUCUGCAUUCUUCUGAUGAAAACCGGCCUGAGUUUGACCAUGACUAUUAUUUAGAAGUUGUAGAACCACCUCCAAGUAAACAGCCUUCAGCAGGUUCAUCAUUUUCUAAGUUUACGAACAACAAUGCUAGAGAUAUGCAAUUUGGAUUACGUUUAAAAACAGCGCAAAGUACUGAUAUAAGAGUAAGAUUGAUGAAUGAGAUAAUAUCAGGAGUUCAAGUGAUUAAAAUGUAUACGUGGGAAAGACCGUUCGCCAAGUUAAUCAAGGCAAUUCGCAAGAAAGAGAUAAAAUUUAUUCGUCAUCAAAAAUUGAUAUCGUCCUUUACACAUUUUGAAAUGUAUGCAAGCAGAAUAGCGAUUUUUAUCACUCUGGUAACUUUUCAUCUAAUGGGCGAAGAAAUAACAGCGGAAAUUGUCUUCAGUCUUGUCGCCCUGUUUGAUGUGGUCAAUCACACGAUUGCGUCUCUUUUCGAAGGAGCAAUUCGCAAUGGUGCUGAAAUGGAUGUCACUGUUCAACGUAUCAACACAUUUUUACAACAGAAAACUAGCAUACCGUCGAUUGAUACUGAUGUGUAUCAGUUGAAUCCAUCGAUUGUGUUAGAAAAUGUCGGUGCAAGGUGGAACGGUGAGAAUUAUGAAGAGGUUUUAUCUGGGAUUUCAUUUAAUCUAUCUGAACCACAAUUGUUUGCUGUUAUUGGUCCCGUGGGUUGCGGAAAAACAAGUUUACUUUAUACAAUCCUGAAUGAAUUACCAGUUACAACAGGAAAUGUGUCUGUCAACGGGAGGAUUUCAUAUUAUUCACAGGAACCGUGGAUAUUUUCAGCAAGUAUUCGUCAAAAUAUUUUAUUCGGGAACAAAUACGAUGAGAAAAGAUAUCGAAAAGUGUGUGAAAUCUGCGCAUUGGAAACAGAUUUUCGUCAAUUUCAACAUGGUGACCAAACACAAGUCGGCGAAAAUGGCAAGGCGAUUAGCGGUGGACAGAAAGCACGAAUUAGUUUAGCUAGAUCAAUUUAUAAACCAGCUGAUAUUUAUUUACUUGAUGAUCCAUUAUCUGCUGUUGACACUGCAGUGGGUCGAAAACUAUUCCAUGAAUGUAUCAAGACUUUCCUCCACGAUAAAAUAUGUAUUUUGAUUACACACCAGUUGCAAUUUUUACAACAAUCCGAUAAAAUCUUAAUACUUAGCCAGGGUAAAAAUGAAGGUAUUGGUACUUAUGCAGAAUUACAAAAAAGUGGAUUAGAUUUCGCACAGCUUUUGGGCAACACCAGCGAAGAAGAUGAAAACACAAACAACAAGCAAGAAAAUGGCAACUGCGCUGAUGAACUUAUAGAAAAACCCAAGACACACAUAGAAAAAGAAACAGCCAAAUCUGGAGCCGUCACAAAAUCAACUUACACAAGAUAUUUUCGCGCUGGAGGAAAUUAUUUCGUACUUACAAUGGUUUUAUACCAUUUAUUAUGUAUGGGGACAUCAUCACGGGGGUGCAAAUUAUCAUACUUGUGGGUGGCUUACCGAGGAGAAAGUUUUUGUAAAAAUAACUUGGAGCCUGAAAUAGAAAACUCUCUACGUAAUGUUAUAAUCUAUGAAUAUGCGGCAGUUAUAGCUGCAGUUGUAUUUUUUGCAAUUUACCACAAAGUAUUCUAUUUUAUUGUGAUGAUGCGUGCAUCUGUCAACUUUAAUGAUAUAUUCAGGAAGUUACUAGAUGCACAAAUGCAUUUCUUUAAUACUACACCAAUGGGCCGAGUACUUAAUAGAUUUUCCAAAGAUUUGGGGGAACUGGAUGAGCAUUUACCAACUGUUAUGUUCAAUUUAUCGGAUAUAACAAUGCAUUUGCUUGGAAUUGUUAUUCUUACAAGUCUUGUGAAACCAUGGCUGCUUGCACCUGCCAUUGUUUUGAUUUUUUGUGUUUUAUGCUAUGAGAUGUUUCUAUUUGCCAUGCAGUCGCAGCAUCGUAGUCCAAUUGUCAAUCAAGUCACAGCUACUUUCACAGGCCUCAGCACCAUAAAAGCCUUCGGCGUUGAGGAGAGUGUGAUCAGAGAGUUUCAUUCAAUCCAAGAUGAACACACAACAGCCUAUUGGUUAUUCACGGUGGCAACACGUGCAUUCGGCAUGUGGUUGGAUAUAACAUGCGUGGUCUUUAUUGCAAUCGUGAUUUUGGUGCUUUUAUCUGUGAAUACAUCGGAUAUGCGCGGUGGUGACUUGGGACUCAUUAUAACCCAAUACAUGGGAUUGAUGACAUCCAUUCAAUAUGGUAUGCGGCAAUGGAGUGACAUGGAAAUAAAUAUGACUUCAGUAGAGCGUGUCUUGGAAUAUACCGAACUAGAUACGGAACCUAAACGAGUAUGCAAGAAUAAAUUACCCCUGGAUUGGCCUGCAAAAGGCAAAUUAGAGUUUAAAAAUAUAACCAUGAAGUAUUUAACUGAUGAAGCCCCAGUAUUGAAACAAAUCAGUUUUGUAGCUAAAGCCGGUGAUAAAAUUGGAAUUGUUGGGCGUACUGGAGCUGGAAAAUCGUCAAUUAUUACAGCGCUGUUUCAAUUGUAUCCAACAGAUGGUAACAUACUAAUUGACGACAUUGACGUGACUAAAUUACCAUUACACACACUACGUUCAAAGAUAUCGAUUAUCCCACAGGAACCAAUAUUAUUUGAAGGAACAAUGCGGAAAAAUUUAGAUCCAUUUGAUCAAUACUCCGAUUAUAUUCUAUGGAAUGCUUUAGAUCAAGUCAAACUAAAGGACUAUGUGACUAAUAUGUUGCUGGGAUUACAGAGUAAUAUCACUGAAGGUGGUGCUAAUUUCAGUGUUGGUCAGAGGCAAUUAGUGUGUUUGGCGAGGGCUAUUGUUCGGAAAAAUAGAAUACUUGUCCUGGAUGAAGCUACAGCUAAUGUUGACCCAUAUACUGAUGAAUUGAUUCAGAAUACUAUUCGGACUGCCUUUUACGAUUGUACUGUGCUAACCAUUGCACACAGGUUACAAACUGUGAUGGAUUCGGAUAAAAUUCUGGUUAUGGAUGCUGGGGAGGUUGUGGAGUUUGGGGAACCACACGUGUUACUACAGAAUUCAGGCGGGACACUUAGGAUGAUGGUUGAGAAAACAAGUGGGACAUAUGCUAAGGAUUUAAUGGACAUUGCCGAAAAGGCACAUCAACAGCGACUAUUAAAAUAACCAAGACAAUUCUAUUUUAGAAUUAUUUUUUCAUUUUGAAAAUUACAAAAAAAUUUAUUCGUAUAAGAAAUUAAAAUAAAGUAUGUAAGGUUACGUAUAUGACCAUGCACCAACAACAUGCAAAACACUGUGGGCAUGGAGUCACAUCACCGAUGGGGGGUUUCUCUGUUUAUGUCAGCGAUUUGCGUUAUUCGUCUCUUGAAAACAUCACACUCGUGUUCCGGCAUUCGGUAUUAACUGUUCACAGUUAAGUAUUAUUGAAGAAAAGUAUUAAAACCGAAACAACAUUUCGUAAUUCUAACAAGUAUUUCUAUGCAUAUUGAUUUUGUUUAUUAACUAUUGCCAACAAUUGUGAAACAAUUUAUGAAAUAUAUUUAUUAAUAUAA